GCGUCUUUUUUUUUAAAGAAACCAAACAAUACCAAGUCCUUGACUUUUAAAUGCAAACGAGGCUCUUGUUAUUUGUGCCCCUUGUAAUGUUGCGUUAUACCGUCACUGUAAUUGGCUAGUUGUUGAUGAGCUGUCAAGUGAGGACGUGGUAGCUAACCAUUUUCAAAGAUUAAGUUGUUGCCUUCGUGCAACAAUAUUUUGCCGAUAAAUCCCGGAAAUAAGAACCUCUUUAUUGAGAGUGAAUCCGGAUUAAUGGCGUCGAUAAAUGAUCCAUUUCAGUUUCAAGAAUUUGAAGAAGCAGGCAAUUUGUUAGAGCCCAACAGAGAUGCAACCACCAUUAGCAUUGAAGAUGAAGAUAUCAAGCCUGAGAAGAAAAGAAAAGCUGCUGGUUUCCCUCCUGAUGAUGAGGAUGGGGACCCACUAGCCACUGACGACAAAACAGAGCUUCUCUCCGGGCAACAGAAAAGUGUCCCUUUCUGGACGUUUGAGUACUACCAAAGAUUUUUUGACAUCGAGACCCAUCACGUGAAGGAAAGAAUCAUUGGAUCAGUGAUGCCAUGGCCUGGAAAGAACUUUAUUCAGGUCUACCUUCGUAGAAACCCUGAUCUAUAUGGACCAUUCUGGAUUUGCACCACUCUUGUGUUUGCCAUUGCCAUCAGUGGAAAUUUAUCCAACUUUCUGACCCACUUGGGCGAUCCGACCUACAAGUAUACCCCAGAGUUUCGAAAAGUGUCCAUAGCUGCAACAGCAAUCUUUGGCUAUGCUUGGUUGGUGCCACUUGCCCUCUGGAGUUUCCUGCUAUGGAGAAGCAACAAGAUUAUGAACUUGGUGUCAUACUCCUUUAUGGAGAUAGUGUGCGUCUACGGCUAUUCACUUUCAAUAUACAUACCUGCAGUGGUCCUAUGGAUUGGAACAUUUGAAUGGUUGCAGUGGUGCUCCAUCGUGGUGGCUCUUUUCCUCUCUGGCUCAGUUCUGAUGUUGACAUUCUGGCCUGCAGUCAGGGACGACCACCCCAAAAUUAUCAUAGCGACCAUGUCAGCCAUUGUGGUGUUCAACAUCCUACUUGCUGUUGGUUGUAAGGCCUAUUUCUUUAGCAAUUCGGAACGCAAAGUACUUGUUAAAUCUGCUGCAACAGUGCUGACCAAGGCACCAUCUUCAACAUGAAAGCCUUUCGUUGUCUGAAGGUUCUCUUGUUGCCUUAUUAGAGAGAAUCGGGUUGCUGUGGUGAUGAAGUCAUUGGUCGUCUGGAUUUCACCUGCACUUGGACAUUCUGGCUCAAGACCUUAAAAGCCAGUGUGUGUACUUGGCUCAACUGAGUGACCUCUGAAAAUGAACACUGCUACCGAGUAUGUUAUUUCUAACGGGAUGGGUUCUGAAUUUCCUUAAAAAUAAAUGGGGUAUGGUGUUACACAGCACACAAGAUCUCUUUUAGUAUGUUAGUUUAAAGCUUUGUAAGUUGAAAUAUUUAGCUAACCAGUCUUUGCAGUAAUGUUGGUGGCAUUUUGUAUAUGCAUUUUUCAUGCAUUUUUUUACCUAUAAUGAGAACUGUCUAGUAUAUGUGUGUACAGAGGUUACUGUAUGAACAGCAUAACAAUUGUAGGUGUUGGCAAGAUUUUCAAGGGUUGGCCUUAAUAUGUACACAGAAUUAUUGUAUUUUUCUCUAACUGAUAUAAUCAUAACUGCCCCAAACUAAUGCCAAAGACCCAUCCAAGUGAUUUACAACUUGUGUAACUAUUUUUGUAAUUUUUUUUUUUUUUUUUGUGAUGAACAUUUGAUAUGUCUGUUUUCAUGGGGAAUAAAAUAAAACAUGGUCUUUCUGGGACCCAUUUUCAUUAA